ACUUUACUUCUUGCGGUCAUCAGUCUUCACAAGGACCUGAUCGGAGCCUGAUGUCCGCGUGUGCACAAGUGCGGUGUUGUGUUUGAUUUCUGUGCAGGAUUACUAAUGACUUAAGGCACCAUCAUGCCGAAAAUAUUCCUUAUAAAAAAUCGGAUGCAGCUCUUGCUCGAGUCGCAGAACGCGGCCAAUGCAAAGAACGAGUCCAACGAGAUCCAGGAGCCGCAGCCUUUGUCGCUCAUAGUCUUGAAGAAGGAAGAUCGUGGCGAUUCAGAAGACGAUGGCAAGAGCAAGCCCAAGAAGGAGCCUCCUCGCCGGUUCACAUCCUCCAUUUUGGGAGGCGACGUCCCCUACGGUAGCCGAGGUCACGUUCUCACGCGAGCGGAACGCAAAGAAUACGCCCCUAUCGUACCCCCGGACAAAGUCACUCUUCCUGUGUCAAAGAAACCGGAAAAUACCCCCAAACCACAAAACCUAGCCCCCGUACGACAAUUCUCCGUUAUUCAACGAACCCCAAAAACGACAAAACGCGACGAAGACAAAGAUGCGCGGCUUCCGACAGCCCCUUUGGUCAUACAAGAGCCGGAACAGGAACAGCCGAUAGAUUAUCACAUUCCGAAACGGCGGGGAGAGACGGAAGAUGAAAAUGAAGAGAAGAGGAUUCGGGAGCAGAGACGGAGUCACUGUUCCAAAGUGAGCAAACCGUUAAUUUCAGUCCGGGCGAUUGUUGGGAAGCUUCCGGUGACUAUGUCGGCGGCGGCGGGGCACGGGAGGGGCUCCUCCACGGGGCAAAACUCCGGGAGCCAGUCGACAAAUUCUCAAUCGGGUGGUGGUGGCGGUAUAAACUUUUCCGGUGGUUCGUCAGGGGGGAGUUCCGGGGGGUCGCUCGGGGGCGGUACCGGGGGUGGUGGCAUGAAUCCGGGUCGUGACGGAAGACAGAAUUACGGCCCCAGCAGCCCCCCAACGGGGAGUCUCCCCCCGUUUUACGAAUCGUUGAAAAGUGGAAACAAUGGGAAUAAUUAUAACGCAAGUGGGAAUUUUUCGUCGAACUAUUUGGUCAAUAACCAACACAUGGAUUGUGAUACUGGACAAGAACUUGCCAAUUUGAGUCUAAACGGGGGGCAAAGCCCCCCAAAACAAUACUCAACUCUCCAAAACGCCUCCUACGGCAUCGUAAUGAAAGACGAAGGAGACUUGGACUUAUACGAAACUAAGAUAGACGCGAUGAAUCAAUUAUUGCCAGGGUCGUACUCGGGUUACGACGAUUCGAUGAUGGUGGAUAUGGUCACGGGGGCCGUAGUUGACCCCUUACAGUUCACCGCCACCUUGACCUUUUCAAGCUCAGCUGAACACGCCCUUUUGGAGAGCCUCUCCGACGCCGCUGACCUGUUUCUCCAGCGACUCCCAAAUGAAGAAAACGACAAUGAAGAAAUCAUAAACAACGAAAACUCGAUACAACAAGUCGACCAAAACCUCGACAAUUUCAACGACCAAAUCCUCACGAAUCGGAACUACGAGGGCCGCAAUUACCAGUUCUCCAAAAUGUAUAAUGAGACACUCCCCAGUUAUCAAAACUCCGUCAAUAAUGACAAUCUCCAAGUCCAAAUGCACCAACAACAACAGCAACAGCAACAACAACAAAUGUUAUCACCAACACUCUCAUUUAAUGGCAGUGGCCUUGAUUUAGAUUCACCCACGACGAUGUCCUUGCCGUCCCCGGGGGCGGCGAGCUGUUCGCUCGAUGGCCCCCACGACGGGGGCUCCAUCAGUCCCCCGGCCAACGUCUCCACCAGGCGCACCAGCACCAGCAGUGAGGCUCCUGCCCUCCACGGCAGGGUAAAUGUUUUGCAACACAGGUUGCUGUUGCAGUUGGGGUUGCCGUCCGAAGUGCAGCUAGAGUUCGUCAACGGCGGGCACGGGAUCAAGAAUCCUUUGGCGAAUCAGGAAACGGUGAGGCAAGGGGCGAGGACUGAAGACAAAACCAAAGUAGCGUCGAUCACGACCGAGGAUGGACAAACGAAUUUCUGCUGUAGGAUUUGCAACAAAACGUUUGCGCUGCAGCGUCUGUUGAACAGACACAUGAAAUGCCAUUCGGACGUGAAGAGGUAUUUGUGCACCUUCUGCGGGAAGGGCUUCAACGACACGUUCGAUCUGAAGAGGCACACGAGGACGCAUACAGGCGUGCGGCCGUACAAAUGCAGCCUUUGCGAGAAAUCGUUCACCCAAAGAUGUUCGUUGGAAUCGCACUGUCUGAAGGUGCACGGCGUUCAACAUCAAUACGCUUACAAAGAACGACGGACCAAAGUGUACGUGUGCGAAGAAUGCGGUCACACAACCAGCGAACCCGAGGUCCACUAUCUACACUUGAAAGAUAAACAUCCCUACAGUCCUGCCCUGCUCAAAUUCUACGACAAGCGACACUUCAAAUUCACGAAUUCGAAUUUCGCAAACAUGCUGUUGCAAUGAAAGAAAAACCGUCCUAGGCUGCAAUCCUAUCUGAAAGAGAAAAAGUUAGGUUUCUGUUUGAGUUUUUGUUUAAUUAAUUUUUGAUUGGGAGUCGAACUCUUCAUUUCCUUCUGUGAUAAUUAAAUUUAAUACUUUUCCAAUCUUUACAUUAUCGUAGUAAUUAUCAAGUUAUCUGCAGGAUACGAAGAAUAUUAGAUGAACAAAUAAUUUAAAAGCGGAGGCGCUGGCCCUUUUUCGCGGGACAAUAUUUAAAUCGGGUUAUUUGUGCAAUCAGGUGGAUGGAACUGGGUUUUAUUAUUAUUAAGUGUAGGCUAGUUUUAACUGAACUGUCUAAACACAAAAUAGGGGACGUUGCUAGAAUUUAGAAAAGGCGCCAACGAAGGGACGCGACAUAACAAGACUAAGGGUUUUAGGGAUGCGCUUUCUGAACUUUAGCACGACCCCGAACAUUCUGGUGCUUCAUAGGAUUGGUUGAGAUAAAACUAUGGUGCUGCAGAAUGCUUUCGUAGAUUAAGGUGUGUUGUGAUCUUUCCCCAAUUGAAAAUUUGUUUACAACGAAUCAUUCUGCAAUAUUUUUUUAGUCUAUACUCCUGUUGAAUGUGUUUAUAUUGUAUGAAUGUUUAUAGUUUUUGUAUAUAAAAUUAUUUAGGUUUUAUCUACCUUAAGUACCUUUUUUAUUGUCUUAGUUCAACAUUGUUAGCCUGUACAAUUAUUUAAUUUUGCCAGUGUACCUAAAAAGUGUUGAAUUAUUUUAUUACUUUUAUUUAUCUCUUCUUUUACAUCACAGUAUUUUUGAUGACUUUUAGUUUUCGUAGGCUCAUUUAUUUAAUUAACCUCCGACUGAGUACGUAAACCUUCUUUUAUUUAAAAAGUAAAACAAUACAAUAAUUUAGCUUUAACACCCAAUGGACAAUUAAAUUUAUACGUAACUGUAUUUAUAAACUUCACAAUCAAAUAUUGUAUUUGUAGAACAAAAUAUGUAAUUUUUCCUAAUGUUGUUAUAUAAAUAAAUUAUAUAGAAAAUA